AUGCCAAAAUGGAGUCCUCAAAUCAAUCACCUAUCAUAUGCUGAUGACACAAUAUUAUUCUGUUCUGGGGAUGGAUAUUCUUUAAAGAAAAUGAUGAUGAGAUUGAGGAAUUAUGAGAAGGCUUCAGGACAGCUGGUCAAUACUGAUAAAAGUUGUUACUAUGUUCAUCACAAGGUCUCAGCCAGAGUUAAUAGCAGGAUUAAAAGACAUACUAAGAUGAGACAUGGAUCCUUUCCUUUCACAUAUUUAGGCUGUCCAGUGUUUUAUGGAAGAAGGAGAUUGAUAUAUUAUGAGGAUUUGAUCAAAAAAGUGAUGAAAAGGAUUCUGUCUUGGCAAAACAGACUGUUAUCUUUUGGAGGUAGAUAUGUGCUGGUCAAUCAUGUAUUGCAAACCAUGCCAGUAUAUUUACUAUCAGCUAUGAAUCCUCCUUCUGGGGUGAUAAAACAACUGCACAAGAUUUUUGCCAAAUUCUUUGGAGCAAUACAAUGUGGAAGAAGCUUAUGGGGUAGCUACAUGCUGAAUAAAUACUGCAAGAAAUGGCAUCCUACUAUGGCAUUGGAGAGAGGAGGAUCUCACACAUAG